GCUAGAAAGGCCACAAGAUUCCACCACUCCUCACUUCCUCAGUCCUCGUUACUCUCACUCUCACUCUCACGCCGUUGACCGCAUCGUCGUCGGCAGUCGCCAAUGGAGGCCGAUCCACAUCCGGCGGUGGUGCUGCACGCCUGCUUGGGCGUGGGCCACCUCACCCCCAUGGUGGAGCUCGCCAAGCUCUUCCUCCGCCGCGGCAUCCCCGUCAUCAUCGCUGUCCCGACCCCUCCGGCCUCCACCGCCGAUAUCUUCGCCUCCUCCGCCCCCGCCGUCGCCAGCCUGGCCGCCGCCAACCCCACCAUCUCCUUCCACCACCUCCCGGCCCCGGAAUACCCCAACCCGGACCCGGAUCCCUACCUGCAGAUGGUCGACACGCUCCGCCUCACCGUGCCGUCCCUCCUCGCCUUCCUCCGCUCCCUCCCCUCCGUCGCCGCCCUCGUCCUCGACACCUUCUGCGUCGACGCCCUCGACGCCGCCGACGAACUCGGCAUCCCGGCGUACAUCUACUUCACCUCCUCCGCCGCCUACCUCGCGGCGUUCCUCCACCUCCCCCACUACCUCGCCACGACGGACGGUGGCGACUUCAAGGACAUGGGCAAGGAUCUCCUCCGCUUCCCCGGCGUCCCGCCGAUCCCUGCCUCGGACAUGCCCCAGAUCGUGCAGGACCGCGCGAGCCGGACCUGCGUCGUGCGGAUGGGGCAAUACAGGCGCAAACCGGAGGCCCGGGGCCUGCUGAUCAACACCUACGAGCGGCUGGAGGCGAGGGCCGUGAGGGCGCUCCGGGAGGGCGCCUGUGUCCCUGGCCGCCCGACCCCGCCGGUGUACUGCAUCGGGCCACUGAUCGUGAAAGGCGAGGCGGCGGCUCCGCGAGCGCAGAGCGCGUGCUUGUCGUGGCUGGACGCGCAGCCGGAGCGGAGCGUGGUGUUCCUCUGCUUCGGCAGCUUGGGCGCGAUGUCGGCGGCGCAGCUCAAGGAGAUAGCGCGCGGGCUCGAGAACUCCGGCCACCGCUUCCUGUGGGUCGUGCGGAGCCCGCCCGAGGACCCGGCCAAAUACUUCCUGCCGCGCCCAGAGCCAGACCUGAAUGCGCUCCUCCCCGAUGGGUUCUUGGAUAGGACGGCCGCGAGGGGGAUGGUCGUGAAGAUGUGGGCGCCGCAGGUGGAGGUGCUGCGGCACGCCGCGACCGGCGCGUUCGUGACGCACUGCGGGUGGAACUCCGUCAUGGAGGCGGCGUCGGCAGGAGUGCCGAUGCUGUGCUGGCCGCAGUACGCGGAGCAGAGGGCGAACAAGGUGUUCGUGGUGGACGAGAUGAAGCUCGGGGUGGUGAUGGAAGGGUACGACGAGGAGCUUGUCAAGGCAGAGGAGGUGGAGAAGAAGGUGAGGCUGUUGAUGGAGUCGGACGAAGGGGAAAAGCUCCGGGGAAGGCUGGCAUUGGCCAACAAGAAGGCGGCGGAGGCGCUGGCGGACGGCGGGCCGUCGCGGACGGCGUUUGCCGAAUUCUUGAAGGAUCUGAAGCUCCAGAAGUGAUCAAACAGAGAUGGUAGCUAGAGCUUAUUGCGAAUUUAGUAUGGGUGAUUCUGAAGGUUUGCAUCGAUUCCCUCUCGGGAUAGUAGCUACGCUAUGCAGAUUUGAUUAGCUGCUUCAGAAAUUAUAUCCUUGAUUGUAAUGAUGUGGCAUGGCUUAGCUGUGCUUCUGAAUUUCAAAACUGCAAGCGUUCCUCCUCUAGAGGAAACAAUACGUUGCUUUCGUUGAGAA